AUGGAUGGUAACAGCAGUGAACUUCAAGAUCUCACCCACAGACUCUAUGUUAGAGCAAGAACAUACUGGAUGGAGGUCAGCACGGAGAAGUCGAAUAUCAUGGGGAAUAGCACGACCAACAACAGUGCAAACAUCGCCAUAAACGGCGAGAAGCUAGAAGAAGUGACCAGAUUCAAGUACUUUGGCGAAACCCUGUCCAAGAAUAGUAACAGUAACUCUUUGGUCCGAAUAAGAAUUCCCAUGGCGGCUGCAGCGAUGGCCAGAUUGAGCAGGUUGUGUACAAGCAGUUCCAUCCGCUUCAACACCAAGUUCAGGCUCUACAAAUCCCUUGUAGUCCCCAUCCGACUCUACAGCUGCGAAACAUGGCAUGGACGCUUCACGCGGACACAUAACUCAGGUUAA